AUGUCAGACAUCGACGGCGACUCAACGAUGCAUUCCUCACCCUCUGACGUAGAGGACAUGGACGAAGAAGAAGAAGAACUCCCCACCGCCCAAGACGCACCUGCAACUCCAACAGGUGGUAUAGCGCCUCAACAUCCCCAUGCCUUCGUCCCUCCAUCCUCCGAGAUCUCCCCUCCAAACUCACAGCACGGCCCGGCGCGACAGAACGCCUUCACGAGUACUUCACGAAACGAUGGGAUGCCCGAGGGGAGCCCGAGUGCGAUGGCGCUGAAUGCCAACGGAAAGAGAGCCAUAGUGGAGGGCAAGAAUGAAGCUGCUACCAAAGCGAGCAAGCCGAUAGGGAGGUCGUCUAGCGGUUACGAGUGGAGUCGGCCAGAGGACGAGCCUGGCUGGACGUGGAUGAAUAGGAAGGCGGCAGAGGAGUACUACCGGGCGAUGGAUCAGAUUGUGGAUAAGGAGUAUAUGAUCAAAAGUGAGUUGAGUCGAUCCUCGUGUGGUGAUAUUUUUCUGACGCGAAGUAAGACAAAUACGGCGAUGUGUGCGAAAAGAGACAAUGAACACAGGACGUAG